GCCUCCAGGGCCGCGGCGAAGAGCAGCGCCGUCUUCCCGGAGCCGGCGGCGCCGAGCAGCAGCACGGGCGGCCCGGGCGCGGCCUCCUGCCCCGGCGCGGCCUCGGGACGACGGCUGAGCACUCGCCUCAGCGCGGCCGCCAUUCGCCGCCGACUUGUAGCCAAUCGGGGAGCGCGCGGGCACCAACUCCCGCCCCGAGGGACGCCUCUCAUUGGGCUGCAGCCUCUCCCUCGGGAAGACCUCUGAGCACGCCAUCCUGGGGCUCCUGGCAGCAUGGCUUCUGCUGGAGACGGCCCCUCCUCCGCGGGCGCCCGGGACGCGGCCGACCAGAACUUCGACUACAUGUUCAAGUUGUUGCUGAUCGGCAACAGCAGCGUGGGCAAGACGUCCUUCCUGUUCCGCUACGCCGACGACUCCUUCACCCCCGCCUUCGUCAGCACCGUGGGCAUCGACUUCAAAGUCAAGACCAUCUACCGCAACGACAAGAGGAUCAAACUGCAGAUCUGGGACACGGCGGGCCAGGAGCGUUACCGUACCAUCACCACGGCCUACUACCGCGGGGCCAUGGGCUUCCUGCUCAUGUAUGAUAUUGCCAACCAAGAGUCCUUUGCCGCCGUGCAAGACUGGGCCACACAGAUCAAGACCUAUUCCUGGGACAAUGCCCAGGUCAUCGUGGUGGGCAACAAGUGCGACCUGGAGGACGAGCGGGUAGUGGCAGCUGAGGACGGCAGGAGGCUCGCCGACGACCUCGGGUUCGAGUUUUUCGAGGCCAGCGCCAAGGAGAACAUCAACGUGAAGCAGGUCUUCGAGCGCCUGGUGGACGUCAUCUGUGAGAAGAUGACCGAGUCCCUGGAGCCCAGCUCCAGCCCGGGCAGCAACGGGAAGGGCCCCGCCCCGGGGGACGCGCCGCCCCCGCAGCCCAGCAGCUGCGGCUGCUAGACUUGGUCAGUCCCUGCCUCCCCACGCCCCCGCGCCUGCUGGGUCCUCUCUAGCCUUCAUGGGGGCUGUGAGUGGGUGUGAGCCACAGGGGCUGUCUCUGAAGUCAGGGUGCACCCCGUCCCCUCCCUGUCCACUGCUCUCCGUGCUGUGUCUCCUCAGGGACACCGUGGUGCAGGGUUGCAGUCCCUUGUUGGGGAGCAGAGGGGUGGGCCGGGGGCCCCACCUCGCAGCCUGGGAUCGUGGGGACAUGCGCAGUCUGGGGCUUGUGGCUUUUGCAGGCCCAGGCUGGUCUCCUGGAGUGGCCCACCAGAGGAGACUUUGCUUGUAUGACAACCAGCCUCCCGGUGCCCUCCGUCCUGGGCACUGACUGACACUUAGCAACUGGCAGACCAGGUGUGGCAUCGUGCAGUGUGUAGGUCAUCCGGGUCAGUGCUGCAAAGGGGGGUGGUUGCUGCGGCAUCUCAGGUCUCCCCCACGUCCAGCUCCCAUCCACCUCUCAGACCCCAAGGGUCCAGGACAGAAAGCAGACGUUGGUCCUGAUGGCUGCCCCCCUGCCCUGUCGGCCUGCAGCCUGCCCGUUUGGGAAAUCAGUAUUGGUUCACUGUUUGCUUUGGUGGAAAGCUUCCCGCCCUCCCCCCGACUCUGCCUUCAGGAUCCCCGGCCUCCCCCCGUAAGUGCCUUCCAAGCUUGCCCCGAAUCCAGAGGACCCGACAACCACUUGCUGGCUUACCCAGUGCGUCGCCCAUCCUGAGCUGAAUUCUAGAACCUCGUGGCCCUAUCAGGCUGACAGCUGCCUGGCCCCUGCUGUCCGCAUGCCUGGGGAGUCGUCAGGCCAAGGGCUGACCUCGGAGUGGCCAGGAGGCUGCGCUGCCCCUUCAUGUCCAGGCCCGUGGGGGAUGGGGUUGAGGCAAGAUCUUACCAAACCUGACAUCCGGCUAGAACAGUGUUAAGCAAGCUCCCUGAGUGCCCGCACUCUCUGCUGCCAGCUUUCUCUGCUGCUGUGGAUGGAGGAGUUCCUUGCAACACGUGCUUGGGAGACAAGGAGGCGGGGUUGUGUAACCUGACGUGGCUCUAUGCCUCGCUGGGGGAUGGGGCUAAGGCUGAAGCCACGCGGGGUUCCAUCCACCCGACCCCCACCUGCCGGCCUGCCUGCGUGCCAGCCCGCACCUGGGGGAACCUGGGGGGCACCUGGGGGCCUCUGGGCGCGGGAAGGUCAGGCUCAGGUUCAGGUGUGUUUCUAGGGAGCCCUGCUGACAGGUGCCAGAUGCAAACAUUGCAGUGUCUGUAUCCCCACAAAUGAGAUGACCCGCGGACCCUGGAGGGAACAUUUUGGAACACGCCGAGCAAGGGCUGGUUUGACAGCCUGCCUUAGACUAGAGUGUCGUCCAGUGACUUCCUCAUUGCGAAGGGGCCGGGCGGUUGUGGAUUAAUUCUGUGGCCCUGAGGUUGCAGUGAGCUGAGGUCCGGCUGCUGCGCCUGUCGGCUCUGCCUUGGGCUUCACCGGAAUGAGUUGUUGGGCAAGGAUUUUUCAACAAAGUUGCCGUCGAGAGCCCCUGGGGUUCCUCUCCAGGCAAUGUAGACAAUGUAUUCUUGUUUGCAAGUAAGGCAAGUUGUUAAGGUCAUGGCGGUGGGUGGAGGGUUUAAUACCUGACUGGUCCUUACAGAACCCAGACCCAGGUCCUGCUGGGUCCCGGCAG